GAUAGACUUUAUAGACUUUCAUAUAUAGGAUUAAUGUCAUAAUCCGAAGCUUCAAUUUCCUUUAGAAACUUUGAUAUGCGUACACGACCUGUGUUUGUCCCCUGACUGUCAUUUACAAAGAACGUGUGAUUCCAGAAAUGAACUUUGGAACUUUGGAGAAGGCGGUAAUUGUCUAAUUAUUGUCGGCGACUUCCAAGAAAUGAUCAGUGUUAUUGGUUCCCGAUAUCCUCUCGUCCAUCAGGAGAGGGAAACACGGACAAGACAAAGAAGGUGUCAGGACCAUCAACGGAGACUUAGAAUUAACACACUAGUAGCGGAAUCAGAGGGGGAACUUCACUCGCAUACUAACUAGUACUUUAUAUGAAAGGGUGUUUGUCUUAAAGAUAAAAUAAUAUAUUUCAAGAAAAAAGAAUUUUCUGUUUACUCGAAACACCUGUUGAUGCUGUUUGAGAAAAAAUUGUUAAAAACGUUUAUUUUAUUCCCAAACUUUCCGUCUGUCUGUUCAAGACAGAUAAAAGUGGAACUGUCUGGGAUUAGCGGGUUUUAAUAAUCGGAUUAAUCGGUGCACGCCGGAUUAUUUUCCUAGCAUUUUAGGGAGCCGCUGACGUUUGGGAGGGAGGAACAGGGCAGCGAGAGCGAGCAGUUACCCGCACAAUCGCUCGCUGAUUGUUGUUCUAUUUCCCUGUUGUAGCUGAGUAGGCAAAGCUCUCUGUAUAAGUCUGUCCGGCGGAAAAAAAACUGUCAAAAUAUAACAGUCGAUUCACGCGGGGGUCCGUCAUUAUGUAGUGGUUCUGGAGUCCGAGGAGUCAGCAUUACAUCGUGCGCAAAGGAACGGAAAAACAGCAAGAUGGAAUUGUACUUAGUUCUUUUCCUGGGAUUGAUCUCGAGGUUCUCAGGCACGGCAGGACAACAGAAAAGCUACAUCGCUGAAUCCGCCAAUGUGUUCACAACAGCCUUCCUGAAGUACAACAUGCACUUUCGGCCCUACAACGAGUCGGCCAAUCCGCUCCUCAUCAACGUCCGGUUGGACGUGGUGAAGAUUCUGGACGUGAACAUCGAGGAUUCCCGAAUGACAUCAAUUGUGGACAUUCGGAAGCAAUGGGUGGACGGUCGGCUAUACUGGUACUCUGACCUCAUCAAAUACGUCACAGUAAACAGUAGCGAGGUUUGGACACCGGACGUCUACUUCCUCAACAUGGAAUCUCAGCCGGAAACUCUCAUUAACCCGCGGUUCCUGACGAUUGAGUCCACCGGAAGGGUUGACUGGUUCCAGCGGAUCAAGCUCCUCACCCCCUGUAGCUCGGAGCCCGACACUCCCGGGAAUCUGACUUGUCCGGUCACGUUCGGCUCCAUGCAGUUCCCCAGUAGUGAACUUGACCUUAACAAUAUAGAAUGUGACUAUAACAGUGAAAACAACAAACGAGUCACCAUGACCGCUCCUUCCGCCCCUAUCGGGUGGUCGUCCACCAGAAUGAAUCUACACUUCAAGCCCGUGACGCCCAAGAAGCGGGAGACCGGAAUGUACUACAACCUCCACAAAAACGUCAAAAAGUCCUUCCUCCCCAAAGAGGUCCAGAACAUGGAGACCCAGAGCGUGGACCUGGCCAGACGGAUUCUCCACCGACAGCGCCAAAAGUCGCUCCGGAUCUCCCACGACAAGUACCGCCAGAUCGCCUCCCAGGGGUCGUCCAGAUUCACCGUCUUGAGUGACGAGACGGGGUUGGGGUCUUCCAAUUACGAGGACCUGUCCAGAAGCCUGUAUCUUCCUCCCGUCGGGCGCCCCAAACCGAACACACCCAUGACCCCUGGGUCACGCUAUACCGCCGAUGACGUUCGAAGCAUUGUCGAUAGGCUGUCGACGUACGAUCCGUCCAAGGUUCCGGAGUCUCGGGGACAGUUCGUCAAACUCCCCGCGCCCAUCGUCUACAAGAAGAAGUACAGCGAGGACGAGGUACAGUCUAUCGUGGACAGGUUGUCGGACUAUGAUCCGUUGAAAGGUCCAGCUGAAUCCCGGGGAAUCCCCACCAUCGUCCGCCGAGUGCCGCGACAGAGCAUGGUCCCGCCUCAAAAAUGUACGUCUGACGAGGUUGAGGAUAUCGUGGAGAGACUGUGUAGGGUUCAUUUCGAUGCACCCCUCAAAGAACCGCGCUAUGUCCCCACACCCUAUCCCCUGAGUGCCCGAUCGUAAAUUGUAAAAAGAAGGAAAAAAUAUUUCGCGGGAAAACUCACAGCUACGGAAAAGAUUUGACGGGAAGGGUAUUGAUGACCAUGAACGUCUUGAUGUGUUUUGUGGUCUGUGAUUCAAAUUCGUGACGUCAUGGAAUUGUAUGUAAUGCUUGUUUUCGGAUUUAGUGAUUCCGGUUUUGAAUUUCGCAAAUCUACAAGAUUGGAAAACACAAUGGAUCAUCUGGUUUUGUGCAGGGUCAAUAGAGUUCUACGAAUAGGCUGUGAAUUUUCUCCUUUCGAUGACGAUGUGUUCUGUGGAUUUCCGAGCGGAAGCUCCUCGGUUGUGCCGUUAGUUGACUCUUUAUGUUUCUUCAUUUUGUGUACAAGCACCGAUCUAGUCUUCAACAACGAUUGUGGAAAGUGCUGCCUUGGCUAUCCACCAUUCCAAGAAGCAGAUAGAGAAAAGCUCUGUCAUACAGCGCCUUAUCAACUUAGCUAGCCAUGAUAUUUCUGUUAAAAAUUACUCUUUUGACAUUUCGCCACCACCGGCAUUCUUUCAAUAUGAUUGUAUAAAAUACGUGUGUAUUAAAUAUUCAGUUUUC